AUGGUCAGAAUUCCUGUACUCGGGAGGCUCUUCUGGCGAGAAUACAUUGCUCUUGCAGGAUCUCUUAUUCUGAUAUUCCUAGAGGGCUGGAUAAGGGUUAUUACACUUGGGCUUCCCCAACCAAUCAUUCGAUUCUGCUACAACAGAUCCAAGAAUCUCUUCAAUGUUUUCUCCUCCGCACAAGGCAGUCAAUCAAGAUCAAAACCAAAAUCAAUAAUUAGAUCGGUCGCGGGCGCUUCAGAUUUUGUGGAUUUAUGUGCUCUAUUUGGCUACUACGCAGAAGAGCAUGUUGUGCAGACAGGAGAUGGAUACUUGCUUGGGGUACAUCGUCUCUGUUUGAAGAAGCAGGGUGAAGAUGGCAUGAGGGUCAACGCGGGUCGUGGCAGUUUGCAGAAGAAAGUUGUGUAUUUGCAUCAUGGCCUGCUCAUGAACAGCGAGGUAUGGGUAUCUCUGACCGAGAAGGAGAGAUGUUUGCCCUUCAUGCUAGUCGAGAGGGGCUAUGAUGUCUGGCUGGGGAACAAUCGCGGCAAUAAAUACUCGAAGAAGUCCGUUCGCUUUUCCCCAGCUUCCAGCGAGUUCUGGGACUUUUCCAUGGACCAAUUUGCCUUCCAUGAUAUCCCAGACAGCAUCGAUUAUAUUCUCGCAACCACGUCGCAGUCAUCCCUAUCUUAUGUUGGCUUCUCUCAGGGCACCGCUCAGGCCUUUGCGACGCUGUCCAUCCAUCCUACCCUCAAUGACAAGGUGGACGUCUUCAUUGCUUUAGCCCCGGCCAUGUCACCUGCCGGUCUACGGAACGGAGUCGUCGAUGCUUUGGUCAGAGCUUCUCCCGAGGUCCUUUUCUUAGCAUUCGGACGCCGGAGCAUACUCAGCUCUGCAACCAUGUGGCAGUCUAUCUUGUACCCGCCGAUAUUUGUUCGCAUCAUUGACAUGUCGCUCUCAUUUCUCUUUGAUUGGUCAAGCAAGAAUAUCAGUAUCGACCAAAAGCUCGCUGCAUACCCCCACUUGUACUCCUUCACAAGCACAAAGAGCGUGGUACAUUGGUUCCAAAUAAUACGAAACAAGAGCUUCCAGAUGUUUGAUGAUGAUGUCCAAGCGCCAUUGAGCCUUGGAGCGAGUGACAGGUAUUACAGAGUGGCGAAAUUUCCGACAAGAAACAUCAAGACGCCGAUCGUGCUGGUUUACGGUGGCAGUGAUAGUCUAGUUGAUAUCAGGGUCAUGCUCAAAGAGCUUCCCAGGCAUACAGUCGCGAAAGAAAUACCCCACUUCGAGCAUCUUGACUUCCUAUGGGGACAGGAAGUUGAGACAUUGGUUUUUCCCCAUGUAUUCGAGGCUUUGUCAGAAUAUGCCGGUCGAGAUCAUUUGAAGUCUCCAGGGCUUACAUACAAGAGUACUGGGAAUAGGCAUCUUGCAGUCAAUGGAUCCUCAAGCUACCCAGAGGAUGACGGCGACAUGAGUGACAGUAAUCUGGAGACAAACAAGGGUUCAGCUCGACACUAUAUGCCCUUGCCGAAAGCAUCCCCACGACGCUUCUCUCCUACCACAUCUCGAAGUCGGAAAUAUGCCUCACCGCCUUCUUCGUCCUCAACAGAGCAGACGUCGGCGUCAAUGGAUGGCGCGAGCGAUCGGAGAACUGCGGCACAAUCCAAGAGUCGUGGCUCAAUACUGGGCAACAGCAUCAAGCACACAGGAAAAAGGAGCGGUAGCGUGUCAAGUACGAGAAGUGUCGACAGCACUAAAAGGUUUGGCGAAGGCGGCAUAAGUAUUGGCGCGAGCAAAGCUACGACUGGUUUUAGUACUUAG